AAUUGAACAGCAAUUUGAAGUUGAGUCAGGUGUGUGGAUUAUUCUGGUGGUUUACGCGUACAGAUUAUUUUAAUAGUUUCUUUUCUUGAUUUAUACACUUUCAAAUAUAAAAGUAAGAAUGGGUCUUUUGAUACGUUAGUUUUAUGCCAAAAAUGUAACUGGAGAAGUCAUGUACGAAAUUUUCUCUAUGUCAGUAAAGACGAAAAAAUAAUUUGUUCGGUUUCUGUAAAGUAGUAUUGUAGUUCUUGCAAAAGUUGUUCGUUUGGAUGCAAUACAAGGGGAGAUAACCACUCGUCUUCCUCAUCUACCUGAUCAGUAUCACAUAUGCACCUUUUUUCCUCAAUCUCAACCAUAUUCGUUUUCUUAGUGGUUAAAAUUAUCGGACGUCUUGAAAUUUCAUGCAAAUUUUUGUAUACUUGUAUAAGGUGCGGCAACCUGAACUUGAGUCACACCAUAUGAGUUCGUAUUCCAAUGUUUCUUCCUGACUUUGCAUAUCCUUUAUGGUCAUCUAGUGUCCAUAUUUGUGAUACCUUUUUUCAGACAACCAGGCUAUCUGGCCAGACAUUCAUCAUUCUGAGGAAUUGCAAUGUUUUCUGAAAGAAAUUAAAUAGUCUAGUAAAUCUCGUACUUGUAGUUCAGGGAUAAAGUUGAAAUCAAGUAAUUUCACUAAUGGUGCAUAUGUCGGAUCAGGUGGAUGAUGUAAUACUUCCUGGGUAUUAACACUAAAGGGUAGCGGGUGACUAGCACUUUACACAUAUAUAGUGAUUAGUUUUAGAUUAUAUCACUAAUCGGUCUUAUCUCAGCCUCUUGUUCACUUGCAGCAUUACUAUGACACUUUUAUAUUUGUAAGUUGUAAAUCCAAAAUAUCUUUAGAAAAGGGGCACAUUAAAACAGACCAAAAAGGGUUGAAUUACUGUUUUACGUAUUCAAAAAAAAUAAACAAGUGGUCUGUUCACAGUAAAGCCUACGAAAUACUUCCAACAAUACUGACAGAUUUUCUAGUUAUGUGAUACACAUAUCUACCCUUAGGUUUUGAACAAAAUGCGGGGACUUAUGCAACAAUAUGGUGAACGGUUCUAGUGGAGACACAUUAUCAGUGUUCGAAGUUAAGAUUACAGUAUCUGAUGUGUUAGGAAGAAUUCUUGAAGCAUACACACAUAUAUUUAUGUAAUGUCGACUGUCUACGUAGAUCGUGGGAUGGCCUGGUGUACAGUGGUUGGUGGCUUUGUUGCCAACGUUCUGUUAGGGGGUUUAGGCAAAUCUUAUAGUUUGGUUAUGGAAGCGUUUCAAGAAGUAUUUGAAUGUGGUUCUGCCUACUUGUUUUUAGCUGGUGGUUUAAUCUAUACACUUAUGUAUUGUCUGUCUCUCGUUAACCACUUAAUUUCAAAACGAUAUGGUAGUCGACCUGUUGUAAUGGUUGGUGCUUUUGGCUCUUGUAUAAGUUUAUUAAUUGCAUCAUGUUCACCGAAUCUUGCACUUUGGGUUGUUGCUGUUGGUUUUGGAAUAGGCGCGUCCUUGUCAUGCAUUUAUUUCACAGUGUUCGCUGUUGUUGGAUGUUGUUUCAAACGAUAUUUAGGUUUAGCAAAUGGAAUUAGUGUUGCCGGUGUUAGUGUUGGUCAAAUGGUAUUUCCUUCAUUGAUCACUACUUUGAAUACUACUUAUGGUGCUAGAGGUGGAGGAGUAAUUAUGGCUGCAAUUUGUUUACAUUUGUUAAUCACAGCUGCAUUAAUGCCUCGUCAUAUCAUUGAUCCAGAUGCACCUGUUGUGCCAGCAGAAAAAGUUGAAACAGGCAAAUCAAAACGGAAAUCUUGCAAGUCACAAUCAAAAUCUAAAGAAGACAAACAAUUAAUAGCUUCAGAAGAUCUAUUGAAUGCUGAUAAACAGUCGACAGCCAUUGAUUCAGAUAAGAAGUUACAAAGUCCCGUAGAUGAGUUCUUCUCGAAAUUAGACAAUCAAAGAGAUGUAGUACACUCAGUGAAUGCUACUAUUCAUUCUUCGUCUACAUUAUCAUUGUCCCGUGUAUCUGUCCUAUCAUUAUCAACUCGUCAUGUAAAAUACCUUACUCGUGGUUUACUUAUUGUUUAUAUAGUUGGUAAAACAUUUGGUGACGUUGGUGAUGUCAGUGUAUCUUUUAUAGCACCAGUAUUUGGAACUGAACUAGCCUUAAGUCCUACCAUAAUCAACAGAGCUAUAGCUGUUGCUGGUGUCGGUGACUUAAUCACACGAGUGGGAGUUGGUUGGCUUACAGAUAGACCAGCAUGUGUCGGUCGUCGUGGCUUAUUGUUAGCUGUUACAUGGAUCAUAGAAGGUUUAAAUGCCUUUGCAUUUGCUGAACUUAACCGAUUAUAUGGAAAAUAUGCUAUCUACAGGAACAUUCCGAUAAUAUUGCAUAGACUAGUCUAUGGAAACGGAGAAAUAAACUAGCAUUAAACACUAUGAUGAAGUGAUAAACUAAAAUGUUCGCUCAAUAUGUUUACACUUGUAAAUCAUAGUCAGUAGCUCAACAUUAGACGGAACUGGUUAUUGAUGUUUUCUUGCAAGUUACAUGUUUACAUCCUCUAAUUUUUAACACAAUUCAUUGCCAUACCCUAUGUAAAAUGGAUUUCAAUUGGUUAAGUGAUUAAUUCACGUUUAUGUGUACACACAUCUCUCUGUUCAAAUAUAAUAAUAAUAAUGUUUUGUGUGUAAUGUAUAUUUCCAUUUUCUAGAUUAUUACUGAUGUUAAUGGUGAUGUUGUUGACAGUAAUGGUAAAUCAUUACUAAUAGCAUCUUAUUUUAUAUGCUCUGCUAUUCAUGGUAUAUGUAGUGGAACUGCAAUGACUCAAAUGGUUGUAGUUUUAUGCGAUUGGGUUGGCUCAUCACAAUUAGCACAAUCUUUAGCAGUAACUAUGGUUAUUUUAGGGUUAGUUAUAUCACCGGGACAAUUUUUAAUGGGUUUUGUUGCUGAUUACACAGGUACAUUUGUUUGGUCAUUAAGAAUCUGUGGUGUUAUUCUUCUAUGCGGUGGUUUCACACUUUUCUUAGAAUUCCCAGUUCGUCGAUUAUAUCCAUCUGCAAAUAAUCAUCAUCAUGAUAAUAACAAAAGUAAACCGAUUGAACAAUGUGUUCCAGUGAAAGAUAUUGAAGCACAAGAUAUCAUAUGUGAUAAUGUUGUGAAUGGUGGUAAAUGUCAUUCAUUUAUUAAUUCAACAAUUCCUAUAGAUAAUAAUUUAUCUCCAUUGAUUAAUACAAAUGGACAAAUGACAAAUUAAACAGUAUACAAAUUGUGUAUCACUGUUGUUGUGUUUUGUUUUGUUUAGAAUACAACACGAACACAAAUCAUACUCAUUUAUUUGUUACUAUGCCUCUAGAAUAUGAUUGAAUUUAACAAACUAUUACUAUACAUGAAGGAUUUUGUCUUCUUUUUCUUCCUAUAUAUAUAUAUUUCAAUUCAUUUUCUUAUUCCUGAAUGAUACAUGUAAUUGAUUUCUUCUUGAUCCGCUUAAAGUCCAACUCUCCCUUCCUGUUUUUUUUGGAGAGAGAGAGGGGGGUGGAAAGGAAUGGUUCUACCAAACAAUCCAAUUAUCGAUUCUGUUCUCGUUAUAUGUAUAUGACUUAUUUGUGCCUAUUCAAUAGUGGUUGUUUAUUUUUAAUGAUAAUAAUAAUAAUCACUAACCAACCCGAGUUAUUUUCUCCACUUCUCUUUUUUUUGUUUUACUUAAAAAAAACAAACCCUCCCCCCCAUUACAUAAUUUUUUGUUGUUGGUAGGAUUAUUGUCUAAAUUUGUCUAUGCUGAUUUCAUUCAGAUAGAUAGUUAAUGUUAUAAAUGUAUACCAUACUAUUCUAUGUAUCUGAAAUGACCUCUAUUAUUAUUUUGCUUACAGUAAUCUUAGGUAUAUUAUAAUCUUUAUUAUUAUUAUUAUUAUUAUUAUUAUUAUUAUUAUUAUUAUUAUUAUCUUAACAUUACGAAUCACGCAUAACUACUUCCAUUAGUCGGUAUGGAUUUUUAUGUACAAAUAGAAUAUGCCUUCAACUUUAUCCUUUAACUCUCUGUCACACGGACUGACACACACACAUUCACACGUACUACACACAAAAUGCACAUCAACACACAUAAUCAGUUGUGUGAUUUAGAUUAAUUCGACUUGAUUUUAUGUAGACAUCAUCAAUGGAUUAGUAAUAAUGAAGUGAAGUCAUUUUGUAUUAUUAUUAUUAUUAUUGAUGGUGUUGUUCCUUUUCGUUUUUACCGGUACGUCCAUUCGACGAUUGUAAAUUUGUAUUCAUCAUUCUGUUUUUAUUAUUAGUGACAGUAUGAUUUGUAAUAUUAUUGAUAAUAAUAAUAAUAAUACUAAUGUUACUGUAUGUAACAUGUUAAAUAAAAGUAUGAUUUCAUUAUCG